AUGAAGAACAAAGAACAAGUCGUCAUUGAUGAUAUUUUUGAAAAGAACGAUUUUGUUAAGUCAUUGAAGUUAGUAAGUAGUCCAAGGUUAGUAACUCCACGAAUUAAAACAUCUAAACAAAUAAAAGAUCAAGAACAACAACGAGUAUUAAAUAUUCAAUUUGAUGAAUUUGAUUCAGAAGAAACGGAACAAUUAGAUAUUUUUCAGUUAAGAAUAUUUUUAGAAUCAGGUCAAUUUCCUAUUUCAUCUAACCAACAUUUAUUCGUCAAAGAACAAAAUUUAAGAGAAGUUUUAGGAAGUAUGUUUCUUGAUAAAUCAAGUAGAAUUUGUAGAAAAGAAUUUGCAAAAUUUUGUAAUUAUUUUGAACAAAAAAGAGAUGAAAUAGAAUGGAAUUCUGUUUCAUUAAUUAGUUUAUUUUCACAGGCUGAUAAUUCUAAUGUACCAAAUAAAUUUAAAACAUAUCCAACUAACCAUAUUACCCGUUUUGAUUUAAUUCAUAAACAAAGACUAAAUAAAGAAAAUAUUGUUUUGGGGGGUUCAGUUAUGGAUGAUUAUCACACACUCAUAAUGAAUCAAUUUUAUCAACAAACUACAACAAUUCAACUCGAUGAUAAUAUCGAAUAUAUUACAACAGAAGAAAAAAUAAGAAAGAAUUCAUUAGUACUUGAACCAGGAAAAUACAAUAGAAGAGAAGAAAUGCCUUGUCUUUUCGGUACAUUAUUUCGUGAUUUAAAUCCAUCAGAUUUAAUUAAAAAUGAAAUUAAUGAUGAUGUUAUAAAAAACAAAAAUAUAAUUUAUGUGAUUGAUUUAAAUAAUGUAGUGUGGGCAGUUGGUUCAAUUGAUAACUUAAUUCUUAAUUUUGCUAUUUAUGAUCAAAGUAAAAAGGAAAAAGUAUCAAGUAAUUUUAUUAUUUCACCUAAACAAGCAGAUGUUAAUUUAAUAAUGAAUAACAAUGUUGGUGAGACAUGUGCAAUAUCAUUAAAUGAAAGUCAAAUUAAAAAUGGGAAGUUAUGGGGUGUAUUAACUAUUUAUAAAUUAUUUGAUGGAGAAAGUAUGGAAGAAAUAUUUAUAGCAGAAAAAGAAUCACGAAACACCUUAAAAAUUAUUGAAAAAAUGAGACAAAUAAAUGUUACUCAAAAAGCAAAAGGUGUUCAAUUUCUUCAAUAUAUUGCAACAGGAGCAAUGGCAUUAAAUAAUGAUUUACUUGAAGAUAGAAAGUCAUAUUAUAAUUUAAAAUUAUAUUAUGAUGAUAGUAUUAUUGAUUUAUGGCAAUUUCUUGGAAAUGUAGAAAGUGGAAAGAUUAAACCAAUUAAUGGUUCAUGGGGGUUUAAAUUUGAACAGUUAAACCAUUAUACAAAAGCAAAUUUAAUUAUUACUCAAGAUGGAGUUGUUCAAAAUGUUGAUUCACAACCACCAGAAGCUAGUGAAAAAGAAAAUGAAGAAGUUCCUUUAUUACAUGAUCUUGUUAUAUUAAAAAAUAUUAAUGAAAUUUAUCAUGACUUUUAUAAUACUUUAUUUAUAUCUCCUAUUGAAGUUAGUAUUCCUAAAGAUAAACGACCAAAAAAUGGUGGAAUUUGUUUAAUGUUUCAAUUAAAAAGUAAUGAUGAUUUAAAUGCAAAUAGUAUUAUUAAAUCAUUUUUUCCAAUGAAUUCUAUGUCACCAAAUUUAUUAGAUAAAGUAUAUUCAUCUGUUAAUUAUAAUAAACAAACAUUCUUUACUGAUGAAAUUAGAGUUCAAUUACCAUUUCCAUUAAGAGAAAAAUAUCAUCUUUUAAUCACUGUUCUUUUCAUUUCAUAUGAUGACUUUUCACAAAAACCAAUGUAUUAUUCUGUUCUUCCUUUAUUUGCAAAUGGAAAUGUUGUUUCAAGUAUGGUUUAUUCUUUACCAUUAUUAAAAGGAAAUCUUACUGAAGGAUAUUUAAAUCAAUUACAUCAUGAUGUAACAAAAAUGAGUAUUAAUGUUAAGAUAGAUGUUCAAUCUACUAUUUAUCCUAAAGAAAAAAAUAUUUAUAGGUUUUUAAAUGGAAAGAUGGUUGGAGUAGAAAGAGCUCUUGAGUCUAUUCCAGUUCAAGAAGCUAUUCAUUUCUUACCUUCAAUUGUUAAUUAUUUCAUUUUUCAUACUAAAGAAAAUUCAUUAGGAUUUUUUGCUUUAUUUGAUAUCUUUGCAAAAAUUGAAGGUAUUGGUAAAUCAGAUUCUUCUAGAUCAAAGUUAUUAUAUGACUUUACUAUUAAUUUUACUAUUGAAAAUCAAGAAGAAAGUCUUGUUUCAAGACUUUUAUGGCAAUUUUUAAUGAAAAUUAAAGAUGAUAUGGAAAAAGUAGAGAAUGUAAUGAAAUAUUCUUGGAUUUUAUUUACUAUUUUAUUUAAAGGAAUAGUGAUGAUGACUAAUUCAGGUAAAAAGUUAGAUUCAAAGAAUUUAUCUUAUCUUUCUAUUGGAUGUCAAAAAUUUUCAAGUUUAAUAAGAAAAAAGAUUGUAUCUAAUAGUUACAAAGGGGUUUUUGAAGGAAAUAUUAAUUUAGCUGAAUUUAUUUCAAGGUUGAUGGGUAUUAUUGAUAAUGAACCAAUUACUUCUAUUAUUAUUAAACAUCUUAUUACAUUAGGGUCUUGUCUUGGGAAUGAUGGGUUUACAAGAUUAGAUCGUACAAGUCCAGCAUUUGUUACUUUAGGAAUAUGUAGAACACAAUUUAUUGCAACAAUUGGAAUUUCAAAGAAUUUUAUUUUAUUUAAUAAACCACAAGCAUUAGAAGUUACAACAAUUGAACAUUUAAGUGAUGAAAUAACUCAAAAACAUCUUGUCAUUACAUAUUUUAUUCGAGAACUUUUAAAUAUUUAUACUAGAGAAGGACCUGUUGGGAAAAUUGCUAUUGACACAUUAUUGUCAAUUUUACUUCGAUUAGAUUUUGAUGUAAAGUAUCAGUCAAAAGAAGAUAGAUGUUAUAUUGGAAAUAUCCUUUUUGGAAUAUUAAUUUAUUUAUUGGAUGAGUUUGAUAAAAUUAAAGAUGUCCAUUAUAAUCAAUUCAGUGUAAGUGAAGAAUCUAUUAAUGAUAUUAAAGUAAUGUAUCUUUGUAUGUUCUUUGUUUUAAAGAAUAUUUCAUAUUCUACAAUGAAGAGUUGGUUAGAAAAAGAAAUUCCAACGAGAAUAGAAAUAUUUCUUAUUCAUUUAAGAAGAGCAUUAUUAUUCUUUAUUCAUUUCCCAUGUUCAAUUAAUAAUCCAAUAGAAGAAAUUAAAGAUCUUAUUCAUACAUUAAAACAAUCAUAUUUUACACAAACAAAUAAUAGAAACACUGUAAUGAUUGAACCAAUUAAUUCUUUUGGUAAAUCUAUUUCUUCUAAACAUAAUAGACAUUCUGGUGGAUUAAAUACAACUAAAAUACCAUCUUAUGUUCAACAACCUAUUGUAAAGUCUAGGAUAAAUAAAGUAAAGAAUCUUGAUAAAAUAAUUGAAGAAUUAAGUUCUAUUGUAAUGGACUAUGCUGAAGCUUUAUUUGAUCGAUUUGAAAAUUCUUCGGAUAAUGGACAAUCAUUAAUUCGAUUAGAAGAAAUUGUUGCUACUACAUUAUUUCAAGUACAUCAAAAUGAUGAAUAUACAAAUAAAUUAAAAGACUUUAUUAGAUUAUUAAUUCUUAGACAUAAACAUUUCUUAUUUGAAGGAACUAGUCAAUUCAGUGCAAUUUUACUAAAGAAUUUAUUAAAUCUUUGUAAUUCAUCUCAAGAAUCUAUUCGUAAGAAUGCUUUGGAUUUAGUUUAUAUAAUGGUAAAGUAUAAUUUUAUAUUCUCACAAAAUAUAAGUAGGUCAAUGUCUGAUUGUGCUGUGUCAUUAUCAGAAUUAAAAUAUUCUAACAUUACUCUCUUUAGAAAUUUAAUUGACUAUCUUCCUUCUUUAGCAAAAGAAGAUUUUGAGACUUCUGUUAAACAAAUUGAUGAACUUCGUCAUAGUUAUUGGGAAGAAGGUCAAAAAAAUAUUAAUUCUUUAAUUCAUCUUCAAAAAAUUAAUAUUGGAGUAGAAGUUGGGGAUUUAGAUGUAUUUCUUGUUUUUAUGAAUAAUGUUCUUUCUAGGUUCAUGAAAGUUAUUGAAUUAAUAAAAGAAUUUCAUGCAACUCCAAAUAAUUUUUAUGUAAUUUUAAAAAGUAAUAUUAUUAAAGAAAUACAAUCAGCAAUGUUAUUCUCUCAAGAAGAUAUUAAUGCUUUGAAUACUAUUAAAAUGAAUAUUGGAAAAAGUCUUGAACCAAUGAAAGAAAAAAUAGAUGACAGAAUUACACAAUAUCUUAAUCUUCAAAUUUCUCUUAAAGAACAAAAAGGAAUUGUUGACCAAGAAAAAGAACAUAAUAAUAAAAUUAAAACUUCUUUAAUGUCUAUUGAUACUUUCUUUAACAAAUUACCUCAAUGGAUAAGUUUGUUACUUCAAGAUGAUUCGUACAAAGAAAUCAUUGAAAAUGAGAAAAAAAAUUGGGUAGAAUGGACUAAUGACAUUUCUUCUUUAAAAGAAAUUGAUUGUAUCACAUUCUCUAAUUUCGAGACGUUAAUUCAUUUGAUUGAUGAUUUGAGAUCUCAAAUUAAAAAAGCACAACAAACUGAUGAAGAACAAACUAAAGUCUUUGAAGUUUUAGCUCAAAUGAAUGAACAUAAAAUGUCAAGUGGAAUUAAUUUUAUUGAACAAUGUUAUCGUAAAUCUAUGAAAGAUUUUAAUGAAAUUAAUAAUAGAGAAUAUGACAAUAAUUGUAUUAGAGUUAUAGAUGGAUUAAUUGAAUAUUGUCAAUUUUUAGAAAUGAAAAUGGCAAGACUACGAACUGAUUUUGAUGAUUCUAUCAAUAAGUUUUGUUCAUUUGACUGGUGGUGUCAGGCUAUAGAAAGUGGGGAAAAAUUGUGUUUAUAUUGUAUUGAAUUAAGUCAAAAAUAUCAAGAAAUGAAAGAUAAUUUGAUUAAGAAAGAAGAAUGGCAUAAGAAAGAAGUCAAAUAUGCAGAAGAAGUUCUUAAAUCAUAUAUUUGGUCUACUGUUGGAUGUGAACUAGCAAACAUACGAAUGAGAGAAAGUAAUGAUUAUGUUAAAGCUAUAUCUUCAAUAUGUAAAAAAGUAUGUUGUUAUAAAGAUAAAAUUAAAGAAUGGAUAAAAGAAGCUCAAGAAGAUUAUCAAUUACUCAGAGAAUUUAAAGAAGAAUCAAAUAAUUUUUCACCACCUCUAAAUGUAAAAACACCCAUUAAAAGAAGAGGUAAAAAAACAAGGAAAUAUACAAUAUCUUCAGUUUCUGUUAUCACUGCAAUUCAUCAUUUUGAAGAAGAUAUUAUUGAAGAAAAAUGUAAGUUAGAACAAAUUGAACAAUUAAAUAAAGAAUUUGAACAACAAGCAAUUAAAGAAAUUGAAUAUGAACGAAUUAGAAAUGACUAUGCUAUUACCUUACAUUAUCUUUUUACUGCAACAGAACCAUUUAUUCAAAACCCUCAAAUGAUAACACAAGCAGUAAUUAAAGAUGUACAAACACUUUCUCAACGAUUAAUUCAAGCAGAAAGUACUGACGAUAAGUAUAGAAAACUUAACAGAUAUGUUGAUUACUCUAUCUGUAAAGAACCUCAUCAUUCAAGAGUAAGUAAAAUUAUGUCUUUGUUUAGUGAUAAAUUACUUGGUUCUAGUGGACCUUCAACACUAAAAAAAUCAGCAAGUGGAAUAAUUAAGAAAAAAACUGGGUUUCAUUCUUCUGGAGGUUCAAAGAAAACAGCUCUUUCAAUAGAAAAAGGAAAUCAAUUUGUUGAUGCUGAAGGAGAAUUUAAUAAAGAUGCUUUUAUUGACGUAUCUAAAAGUCAACAAGUUUUGUUUGAAGAAUGUUUAAAUGAACUAACAACAACCGCAGAUCAAAUUCUACAAAAAUUAGCUGAUAUUAAAAGUUUAAUGAGUGGAAGUUCUCCAAUUCAAUUGGUUGAGAAAUUUAUGAUUUUUGCUCAUGAAUAUCAAAGUACUGCAAGAGUUCAUAUAGCUUGGAUUCAAAGAAUGAUUGAAGAAUAUGUCUCUUAUAAAAUGUAUUGUGAAGCUGGCAUUUGUUGUGUUCAUAUAGCUUUAUAUCUUGGACUUCCAGAAAGUGUUGACAAAAGAAAAUUAAAAGAAAUAUGUAAGGAACCUAGUUAUGAUGAUAUUACUAUGGAAAUAAAUAAAGAAACUCUUCUUACUGUUGUUAAUAAAUUAAAACAAGCAUCAGACUUCUUUAAAAUGGCAAAUAAAAUACAAAUGGCUAUCUACGUUUUUGAAGUAUUAGUUUCUUUAUUUAAAACAAUGAAACAAUAUAAAGAAUUAGAAGUUUGUCAUGACAGUAUGUGUGAUUUAUACAAUAAACUUGAAACAGAGUCAAAUGUUGAUCAUUAUUAUCUUAUUAAUAAAGACAAAAACCAUCAAGGAUUAGUACUUCGCUCUAUCCUUUCACCAAAUCAAUUUGAAGCUGUUUUAAGAAAACAAGGAAAUACUUCUGUUUUUGUUGAAGUUAGUCCAAUGAAAGAAAACCAAAUUGUAGAAAACUUCAUUACAACAAAUACUUUCUGUUUUGAUUAUAAAUAUGAACAUGAAGAUGACUGCUAUAAAAUAUCUCGGAAACGAGAUGUUAUCACUAUUGCCCAACCACUCCCUUCUAUACUACCACAAUAUGAAGUGGUUUCUAUUAAACAAAUUGUCUUUGAACCACCAGCUGUUAUUGCUGAAAAAUUACAACAAAAUAUUGAAUUUUCUUUAUCUUCUUUACAGUAUGGACCAUUACCAUUAAAGUAUAUUCCAAAGUUAAUUUAUCCAUUUGAAAAAAUAGAUAUUUUAACAAUAUUAAAAUGUUAUUCAAAAAUAAAAUAUCCUCGCAUUUUCAAUUUAAUACUUCAAACAAAAGAAAUUAUUGAAGACUCAGUCAAAUACCAAACCAUUACCUUAACCCAAGAACAAAAAGAAAUGGUUGAAAAAACAGAAAUACUUCUUACUACUCUUUCUGAUGAAUUAUUUGAAAUAAAAAAGAAUGAGGAAAGAAGCAAAUUAUAA